CGAAUGGGGAAACUGAGACCUGGGAUGAAGAACAGGCCCUUAACGACCUGUGGGGCUUUCUCCCGCCCCCCAUGCGUGGACUUUGUGCCUGGUUGCGCAAAGCGAGGACAUUGAGACUGAUGAAGGAGGCGGGCUCUCCCCGAACGGUGGUACCCGGCGGGUGAACCAGCAUGAUGCCCUGUCCUUAUCGUAAAGGCGAAACAAGGGCAAUGAAAGUAAUUUAUAGUAGAAGAAUAUGCCCUUCACUUUGCAAAAGCUGAAACAGGAUUACAGCAGAUCGUGUCUGUCCCUAACUCAAAAUGAGGCAUUCCUCGGAGCAGCCAUGUCCACCCUGUACCCGUCUCUGGAGGACCUGAAGAUGGACCAAGCCAUUCAGGCCCAAGCCAGAGCUGCACCCCGGAUGCCCGCCCUGCCGGUCUCCCAGCCUUCAGUUUUGUACCCAAGCCUGGCAGAACUGGAAAAUUAUAUGGGUCUUUCCCUCUCCAGCCAAGAAGUCCAGCAGAACCUGCUUCAGAUUCCAGAAGGUGCUAGUGGGCUCUUCGUGCAGCUGGUGAAGGCCAACAGCCCUGCGUCUCUCGUGGGGCUGCGCUUCGGGGAUCAGAUCCUGCAGAUCGACGGCCGUGACUGUGCCGGGUGGAACACAGACAGAGCCCACCGGGUGCUAAAAAGGGCAUCGGCCGAGAAGAUCGUCAUGGUCGUUCGGGACAGGCCCUUCCAGCGGACCAUCACCAUGCACAAGGACAGCACGGGCCACAUCGGCUUUGUCAUCAAGAAGGGGAAGGUCAUCUCCGUGGUCAGAGGGAGCUCUGCGGCCCGCAACGGGCUCCUCACCAAGCAUGCUGUGUGUGAGGUGAACGGGCAGAAUGUCAUCGGGCUGAAGGACAAAGAGGUCACAGAGAUUCUGGCCGUGGCCGGGAACGUUGUCACCUUGACCAUCAUCCCCACCGUGAUCUACGAGCACAUGGUCAAAAAGUUGUCCCCGACCCUGCUCCACCACACCAUGGACCGCUCGAUCCCAGAUGUCUGAAGCCGGGGAGGGCCGCUCAGGCGUCCCGCCCUCCCCCUCCUGCAGGAAAGGGUGGAGUCCUCCCGGGACAGUGAGGGAGGCCUGCUGCCUGGGGCGCCGCUGUCCUGAGGGGGCGCCUUCCGGGUGGGGUGGCCACUGCCCCGGAGACACACCAGCCUCCUGGGAGCCUCAGACUUGAGCCUCAGACUCCACAGGCGGGGACUCUGUGCCCGUUGAAAUGCGGGGCACGUAGGCAGGCCGGCCACACACUUAAAGUUGCAGCUGGGUCCCUUGUGAGAUUUUUGCUGCCUCUACCAGAAAAACAGUUUCACGCUUUGAGAGAACACAACUGCGCUCUUCGUGAGAAUUUUUUCCUUUCCCUUGGCCGGCUGUGUGUCACAAACCAUACGUAGUUACAGUCCCUCACUUCUUUUGAAUAAAG